CCCUCAACCUUUCUUCUCAUACAACCUUUCUUAAUAUAGAGAUGAUGUUUAGUCCACUCAGGGACUUCUAACUAUUGACAGUGAUUAGCUAAUUGUGUUGCAAGGUUUGAAAACAGGUGUUCAAAUCUUCUGCUGCUCAGGCCCUAAACCAGAGUAAGUUCAAGUUUUGCAACCCACACACUCCAAGUUCGUCUUUCAGACAAACCGUUGUCAAGAUCAGUUGGAUAGAGGCCGAGGAAGAGGCAAGUCCUGCCUGUCCUAGUCAAAUAAUCUCAGCUGAACAAGCUAAAUUUUAAACUUAAAAGCUUACAAAAAAUCUAAUCAAAAAGAAACCAAAAAUGAAAUUUCUAAUCAUAGUUCUAGCCCUAUCAAGCAGCCAGGGUAGAAACUUUAUAGAAGAUCCUAAAUGUCCUGCUGUGACUCCUCAAGGUAGUUGUCAAGGGCGCCGGUCAAACUGUUGGUCCCCUGGAGUCCGGGAUACGGAUUGUCCUGGGCAUGGUCUCUGCUGCUAUGAUGGUUGCGCUAACACCUGUGUAUCAGAAAUCCUCCCUGCUACUAGUAUUCAGCAACCUCAGUUCCAACCUACUCCUGUUAAACUCCAACAUCCUCCACCUCCACCUCAGAACAGUUACUUCCCUCCUCCACCUCCUCCACCUCCUCCUAAACCAGCAACUUCUCCUGCUCCUAGCUAUAUCCCUCCUCCCCCUCAACCUAUCCAAACUCCACCUCCUAGCUAUAUCCCUCCUCUAGACCCAUUUGAGGAUCGCCAACAGUCCAUUCAAGUUCAAGUAACUCAGCCAGCCCCUAGACCUACCCAACCUCCUCGACGACCUGCCCAUGUCGGAGGAAGUUGUCCAGCAUCCUCUCCUCUACCCCUGACAUCUUGUCUAGGACGGUUCAGUACCUGCUGGUCUGUAGGAGUAUCAGAUCUAGAUUGUCCAAACUGGGGACUCUGUUGUUUUGAUGGAUGUGCUAAUACUUGUGUAGGAUCCAACCCUCCUCCUCCUCCUACUGAGAGCCCUAUCCCCCGCUAUGAACCUCCCAGGAAUCCUUGUGAUCCUAACCCCUGUGGUCCAGGUUCUAUGUGUAUCCCCCAGGAAGGUGAACCUGAAUGCAAAUGUCCCCCAGGUUUGGUUCCUAAUCCAACUCCCCAGCAGGGUUGUAAGGUUCCCAACCCCUGUGAUCCCAACCCCUGUGGUUCUGGCUCCAUGUGUAUACCCCAGGAAGGAAAACCUACCUGCAAGUGUCCUGAAGGCCUGGUUCCAGAUCCUACUCCGGAGAUAAAAUGUAGCGUUAGAGAUCCUUGCAACCCUUCUCCGUGUGGUCCUGGAACCACGUGUACUCCGAACAGGGAUGGAAACCCCAUCUGUACCUGUCUCCCUGGACUGAUCCCUAAACCUGAUACUAUUACCGGCUGUGGACCUGAAUGUGUAGUUGAUCCAGACUGUAAGUACGGAUUUAUCUGCAGCGAAUCUAGAUGUGUGGAGAAACCAGAUCCUUGCAACCCGUCUCCAUGUGGGCCUGGAACCACGUGUACUCCGAACCAAGAUGGAAAUCCAAUCUGUACCUGUAUCCCUGGCCUCAUUCCUAAGCCUGAUACGAUCACAGGAUGCGGGCCUGAGUGUCUAGUGGAUCCGGAUUGCAGGUUUGGGUAUAUCUGUUCUGAGAGAAGAUGUGUAGAGAAACCGGAUCCUUGUGUCCCUAAUCCCUGUGGUGAGGGAGCAGUUUGUAUUCUUCAAGGAGAUUCAUUCAGCUGUGAGUGUCCUGCUGGAACUGUAGGGAAUGGGAAUACAGGGUGUUACAGAGGAGAAUGCAUUGUUGAUGCUGAUUGUAGUUCUUUAACAGCUUGCCAGGAUUAUUACUGUGUUGAUCCCUGUUUGUCUGGUACAUGCAGUGCUACAGAUUUCUGCAAGGUUAGGGAGCAUAUUCCUAUUUGUGGAUUCAACUAUGACCCACCACCACCAGAACCUAAGGACGAGUUUGUUAUUGGUGAAAGGUAUGAACCUAGAACACCUCAGGAGUCCAGACCACAGGUUGUCAUCGGUGCCCGCCACGAGCUGCAGCCGGUCAUGCCCGAUUCUAGAAACCCUUUUAUUAUUGGUGGUACAGACAAUAGGUCACCAGGAUUAAGUGCAGGAGCUAGAGAUGCCGAGAGUAUGCUGAUGAUGAUGAUGAUGGAUACUAGUCGCUUACCGGUCAUUGGGGCCAGCUUUAACAGGAGAAGAAGAUCUUUGAUAAGAACUCAUAGUCAACCCAACCCUUGA